UAAAUUUGAUAUUAUAUUUAAAUGAUACAUUGGAGAUAGUCUAGUAUCUAUAAUAACUCUUUUCACAAGCCAAGACAAAUUAAUACAUGUGAUGUGAGGUAUCAAAUUAAUACAAAUUAAUAAGAGAAGAUGUGAUGCCAAGACAAAAAAGUAAAAAAAAAAAAGAAGAAGGAAAUUAGGAGAAGAUAAAUCCACCUUCUAAAAUUUAAUGCAUAUAUAUAAUUAGGACUCCCUCUUGAAAAAUAGAGGAGAGUAAGAAAGAAUGGGAACUUCAUUUCUCUUGUUAGUAGUGACAAGUAUGGGGAUUUUGUUUAGAGCACAUGAAGCUCGACUUGCUUCUGACUACUAUAAGUUUUCCUGCCCAUUUGUAGAAAGCACAGUGAGAACAGAGAUGAUAAAGAUUUUCUUGUCUGAUAUUAGCUCACCUCCAGCAUUUAUAAGACUCCUCUUCCACGAUUGUCAACUUCAGGGAUGUGAUGCUUCUAUUCUGCUAAAUUCCCAUGACUUAAGUUGUAACUCUGAAAUGGAAUCGUUUAGAAACUUUGGUGUUAGAAAGCUUGAUAUGAUCAACCAUAUAAAGAGUGUGUUGGAAAGCAAGUGUCCUGGUCAGGUAUCUUGUGCGGAUAUAAUAGCUUUGGCUGCCAAAGAGUCUGUAUUUUUCACAGGAGGACCUGAAAUCAAGAUCCCUCUUGGAAGAAAAGACUCAGUCGUGUGUAGUAGUUCCCAACAGGCUGAUGCAAAUAUUCCAGGACCAGGAAUAUCUGUCAACAAAUUACUUCACAUUUUCACAUCCCAUGGAAUGUCCCUCGAGGAAUCGGUUUCCAUUUUAGGUGCACAUACACUUGGCGUAGGACAUUGCAUAAACAUCGCAAGUACAUUGUAUGAUGGAAAUCCGAAUGACCAGAUGAAUUUGGGAUUUGAAGCACUCCUAAAAUGGAAAUGCCCAACAAGAGUUCCUCUUACAAAUCUGACUUUUGUGCCCAUUGACUCCACCCCAUUUGCAUUCGAUAACCAAUAUUUUAAAGAUCUCUUAAUGGGUAAGGCCUUGUUUGGCAUCGACUCAAGCAUUUCAAGAGAUCCCCGGACCAACCCCAUUGUUAGAAGAUUCGCUACUGAUCAAGACUACUUCUUCAAGGUUUUCAGUUCUGCCUUCGUUAAGCUUUCUUCUACAAAAGUUCUUACUGCCAAGGAAGGUGAAGUGAGGAGGCAAUGCUAUCGUAGAAACUAAGAAAGUGGGAAAAUAUUACUGGAAUUAUAAAUACAAUACAUCACUCUAUGCAUACAACAACACGGAUGAAUUCUUUAAUGUGAAUAAUGGAAGGUAUUUUCCAGCCUUGAAAAGGUAGCAAUGGUCAGUAAUAAAAGACAUUCAACAGCACUAAAUUACUCCACCCAAAAUUACCAUAUAUGAUGGCCAGCAGCGCAGUCCUUUACUCGAAUUAAGAUAUGAUUAAAACUGUCCUUCACUCGAGUUAAGAUAUGAUUAAAGUAGGAGUAGCAGAGUGAAAGUGGGGCAAAAUUCUUCUGUACUCUUUCAAUAUGUAUAGAAUGUAUCAGCGUAAUAAUAACGUGUCACAUUAUGAUGAAUAAAACCUAUCUCACAAGAUCUAAAUUAUGCUAUUUCACUAC